GGUCGCCUUUUUCUGGAGGCCGCACAGCUUACACGCGAUGUCGUCGGUUCUAACCUGCCCAAUUUCCGUCGCAUUUGAGCCAUCAACUAGCUUGAGGAAUCUCUUCCAAAACGAGAACGGAUGGAAGGCUCAGGAUAGUCGUGCUCACAGAACACUGUCUAGCAGCGGCAGUGUACUCCACGCGCAAAAGAUCAAGGGCAGACUAGCGUUCCAGGCGCCCUUCGCUGCUGCUGUGAAGCGCGCAUCCGGAGAUAGAUUGCAUGAUUAAUAACGGAAACCUUGUCGCGAAGCUUCU